AUGAGCACCAUCACGCGCAUGUCCCCACUUGACCUGCUCGAUCUCAACCUAACCAACUUGGAUCCUCUGACGGAAAACUACGACUUGGGCUUCUACCUCAACUAUCUCACCAAAUGGCCGUCACUAUUUAGUACGGUCAAGGACCGCGACGCCGGCGUCGUGGGAUAUAUCAUGGGCAAAGUGGAAGAGCAACAUCCCUCGAUGAAGCACUCGGAGCAUUAUACGCCAUGGCAUGGCCAUAUCACUGUGUUGACUGUUGCGCCGGCCUGGCGUCGACUCGGAUACGCAAGUCGGUUGACGGAGCAGCUGGAGCAGGGCUCGGAUAUCAACAAUGCGUGGUUUGUGGACCUGUAUGUUCGAGCGGGCAACAAAGUGGCGGUGGACAUGUACAAGGGCAUGGGAUAUUCGGUCUUCCGACGAGUCGUGAGCUAUUACAGUGAUGAUCCAUCGGGAAUGUCUGAAACCGGUGAAGAUGCAUUCGAUAUGCGGAAACCAUGCAGUCGAGAUAAGAAAUUGGUGCAUGUGCGUGAGAAGGGCGAGGAGUUCUUGGUACAUCCCGAGGAUGUGUCAUGA